AUACGUAAUCUCAGCAGAAGAAACAGUUUUAACCUCUAUGUUAACUUUUAUAUUUGCAAUUUUAUUCAAAUAUUGUUUUAUAUAUUAAAAAGAUAUGGGUAGUGACGAAGAAACGCCUAAUAUUCAAUUUAAAAAGAAAAAAAGGAAGCCAUUAAGGAAACGUGACAUCUCAGACGAUGAUGAGAGCGAAAGUGAGAAAACAUCCCUCAGGGAAAAAGUUGAAGAAAUGAAAAUUGUUCAAAAGCUUCGUGAAAGACCGACAGGUAUCAAUGUUGUUGGUUUAGCUCUUGGAGAAAAUGUUGCAUCUGAUGUAAUAAUGUCAGAUCCCUUUAAUAUGAAAACUGGUGGGAUAGUAAAUAUGGCUGUAUUGAAAAAUACAAAACAUAGACAGAAUGAUGCUUAUGAUACCGGUAUUGGAACACAAUUUAAUGCAGAGACCAAUAAACGUGAUGAAGAUGAAGAAAUGGUCAAAUAUAUAGAAGAAGAAUUAUCCAAACGUAAAAGCAAAAAUAAUAAUGAUGUAACAAAUGGUACAAAUAAUGAAAAAGGAUCAUAUUGUUCACCAGAAGAGGCAGCAUUACGAGCAGUACCGGAACAUUUAAGACAAAGUUCAGCUCAUCGCAGUGAGGAGAUGCUUUCAAAUCAAAUGCUCUCUGGUAUUCCAGAAGUAGACCUCGGCAUAGAGGCUAAGAUUCGUAAUAUUGAAGCUACAGAAGAGGCAAAGUUAAAAUUGCUUUGGGAUAGACACAGAAAGAAAGAUGGGCCGUCGCAAUUUGUUCCUACUAAUAUGGCUGUAAAUUUUGUACAGCACAAUAGAUUUAACAUAGAAGACUCGGAUUUCCAAAAAUCACGACAAGAUUCUGAUGAUAAGAAAAAAUGCGUUACUAAGGAAGAUAUACGAGGAAAGCGAAAAGAUAAUGGGGAAAAGGCGACAGAUGAUUAUCAUUACGAGAGAUUUAAAAAGCAAUUUAGGAGAUUUUAAAUUUGUUUAUUUUAUUAAUUUAUCAUGUACUUUUCAAAAGUAAAAGUUGAUUGUACAUACACAUAACCUUUUGAAAUUGAUGUCAGUAGUAAACAAAUUACGCGUAUUAACUCAACAAUUGAUACGUACAUUUAAAUAAAAGUUUAUUAUGAAAAAAGUGAAAUAUUAAUACCAGUAACGGUUAAUUAUGUACAAAUAACUUCUUUAUGU